CGCACGUCCACUUGUUUGUCCCUACGCGGCUUCCUGACACAGCGUGGAUUUCAAUGACACUGAACUCUUACGAGACCCUUCGCCUCUCCAUGGUGCAGUGAUGUCGUUCACCUUUUUAUUCAGAACAGUUGCGAGAGAUGUUACUAAGGUCAGCCUUGGCCCGCAUGUGCAGUCGCUGCACACCGGUUGUCAGCUCCUGGCUGCAGACAAAGCCGUCCUAAUGAAACUACGGAAAAGCACCGGCUACACUUUCAUUAACUGUAAGAAAGCGCUGGAGAAGUUUGAUAAUGACAUGGCACAGGCAGAGACCUGGCUAAAUGAGCAGGCCCAGAAGGAGGGGUGGAGCAAAGCAAACAAACUGGAGGGCCGCAAAGCCAAAGAGGGUCUGAUCGGUCUGUUCGUAAGAGAUAAAGCUGCAGUUAUGGUGGAGGUGAACUGUGAGACAGACUUUGUUGCCCGCAAUGACAAGUUCCAGCAGCUGGUUAAAGAUGUGGCAUUUGCCACUUUGGCUCACCACAAGAAUAAGACCCAAAGCCAGACAGGAUAUAUCAAGAGUGUCCUGGCAGGUGAAGAGUUAAGCAAACUCUGUGUCGGUGAAGGAGCUUCACUUGCAGACCAGGUGGCUCUCACAAUAGGUCGCCUGGGGGAGAACAUGUCAGUGAAACGGGCGGUGACAGUCGGUGUCCCUGCUGAGUGGCACAUUGGAUCGUACAUUCACGGUGGUGUGAACAGCCAGACGGAGGUGGCCAUGGGGCGGUACGGUGCCCUGGUAGUUUUCCAGGGAGGAAAGGAGGCCGAACAGGAAACUUUAGGUCGCAAGCUUGGACAGCACAUAGUGGGAGAUGCUCCUUCGUCCCUGGGCAACAUGGAUGACCUGCCCUGCGGUGAAAGCGAGACACGUCUGCUGCCUCAGACUUUCCUGGGAGACCCCAGCAGGACUGUCGCACAGUUCCUCAGGGGCCAACAGGCUCGAGUGCUGGACUUUGUCCGAUUUCAGUGUGGAGAGGCAGCCAGUGAAAAAUCAGAGUGAAAGGACGAAAAUAUUUAUCUAAUUGGACUUGUCCUUUGUCUUUGUUUCAUGUGAAAAUUGUCCAUUUACUCUCUAACAUUCAGACAGUCAUACGUUGUCAUCAUGAAUUUGAAAGCAGAAAAUAUAUUCUAUGAUAUACAGACCUUCAAGCGUUGGUGUCAGUUGAAACAAUCAAUCCAUCAAUAAAUGUUUUUUCUGGAAAUCUU